AUGGUUCGGAUUGCACUUGCAGGAGGCUCUGGGGGCGUAGGACGAGAGAUUUUGGAUGCCCUCCUAUCCACCGGAAAACACGACAUCACGAUAAUCUCUCGAAAGGCAAGUAAUUCACAAGACUAUCCAACGAAUGAUGCUAAUAAAUUACAAUCGCGAGUAUCAUGGGUGGUUGUAGAUUAUGCCGAUACCCGAAGGCUGGUGGACAUCCUGCAAGGCGUGCAUACAGUCCUCUCAUUCAUCGUAGUAGCUCAAGACAAGGGCAACUCAGCGCAGCGAAAUUUGAUUGACGCAUGUGUCAAAGCAGGCGUCAAACGCUUUGCUCCUAGUGAUUGGGCAGGAGCUUCCACUAAUGGCCUGCCAUGGUACGCGGGUAAGACCGCGAUAGAACAGUAUCUGAAAAAGAUAAAUCAGGAUGAAGCGGUCCUUGAGUACUGCUGCUUCCGACCAGGAAUGCUCAUGAACUAUCUGGCCUUCCCUCAGAAGACGACCAAAUAUGCAGAUAUUUGGGGCAUCCACAUCGAUAUGGAUCAUCAUCGGGCUAUCAUACUAGGUGAUGCCAAGAGUCCCGGCUAUUUCAGCAUGACGACGAUGGAAGAUGUGGCAAACAUCGUUGCCAAGGCUGUUGACUAUGAAGGAGAAUGGCCAACGGUGGGAGGGAUACGAGGCGACCGGAUCUCCCAGCAAGAGCUCAUUGCAUUGGGAGAAGAGAUUCGAGGUGGAAGAUUUGCUGUCGAAACAAUCAAAUCUGUCCAAGCUCGUGCCGGCAGAUUAACUGCGAGCUGGCACCCAAAGAUGGAGCACCCUACGGUUCCUGAGGAGCUGAGAGAGUCGUCGGCAAAGAUCUUUACAGCCAAGACGAUUGUCUCUAUUUAUCAGGGUAGCUGGGAGGUGUCUGAUGAGUGGAACAGCAUUUUCUCCGACUACAAGUUUACUACAAUUCGGCAAUUUCUUGAAAAGUGGUGGUCAGAUGCCGAAUAG